AUGGACACCAGCGCACCCGAUGCAGGAUUGGGCCAAGAUCCACCUCCCACAAAGAACGCUCUCUAUUUUCUUCGCAUCGUUGUUUUCAAGGCUGAAAACGAACUCUUCCAAGUCCCAGUACUCUAUUUCAUGAGCGAAUCCCAGUUCUUCAGGGACAUGUUUAAGUUGCCUCCUCCGGAAGGUGCUCCCGUAGAUGGCUCGAGUGAGGACCACCCCAUCGUCCUUGAAGGUAUUCGGGCAUUGGAGUUUCAAGCGCUCCUCAAAGUCAUGUUUACCCAGAAGAAAGAGGAAUUGGGGACAGAAGAGUGGGAAGGAGUUUUGAAGCUCUCCGACAUGUGGGAAAUGCAUCGUUUCAAAUCGCUUGCUGUCAAAAACCUCGGGUCUUGGGUGUCCGCACAAGACCCCGUCUCCCGCAUCUUGCUUGGACGGAAGUAUAACGUCGACGACUGGCAAGGCGGAGCAUAUGCAGAACUUGUCCGACGAGAGGAGCCGAUCAGCCUCGACGAUCUCUCUGCCCUCGGCGCAGAUGCAGCCUUGAAGAUUUGCUCUUUGCGGGAGCGAUGUCAUCCUGUCAAAACCAUCACCAAGGUUAUACAAGAGUACGUGUACCACCCAAAUCGUCCGCCGACUUCUGAGACCGAAACCGAGGCAUGCGAAUGGACCCUCCAAGCACGGAGACAGGAGGUCCCAGGUAAAGAAUUGAUUGAUUUGGAAGAACAGGUGGGGGUGAUUUUUGGGAUUAGGAUGCCUCUGCAUCGUGGUCCGUAUAUCUGUGCUGGAUACACCGUAAACGUUUAA